AUGGCCUUUCUAGCAAGUGGCCAUUGGUGCUUCUAUAGCACUGAGGACAGAAUGUCUCUUGGACCUGUUCCCAACGCGGCUGGGCCAAGACGCAGGAAAAUGGCGACCUUCGGUGCUCGGCUUCGAGGGGUCUUGUGCGGGGCUGGCUUGGGACUGUGCGGGAUAGUGUUGCUUCUGCUGGUCGCGAUGCUCCUCCGAGCCUAUGGGACGGGACCUUCCGGCCCGGCCGUAGGGCUGCGGGAAAAACAGCAGCAGGGACGGCAGCGGCGAAUAGAGGCUGCCUUUAGCCCCCGCGAGUUGCAGGAGCUCAAGGACGUGCUCCAAGGUGCUGUCAGAAUACAAACAGUUUCCUUCUCACCAGAUGAUCAGAAUAUAAGAGCCCUGGAAGAAUUUAAGCCAUAUAUUUACAAAGCUUUUCCUGUAGUGUUUUCUACCUCAUUCAUUCAACAUGAAGUCAUCGGAGAUUAUAGCCAUCUAUUCACCAUCCAGGGAUCUAACCCUCAAUUACAGCCAUAUAUGCUGCUUGCACAUAUAGAUGUGGUCCCAGCAUACCCUGAUGGAUGGGAUGUCAGUGAUCCCUUUUCUGCUGAAGAACAUGAUGGAUUUAUAUAUGGAAGAGGAACACUAGAUAAUAAAAACUCAGCUAUGGGCAUUCUACAUGCUUUAGAGUUUUUACUGAGACGAAAUCACAGACCACUAAGAUCUUUCUAUAUAGGCCUUGGGCAUGAUGAAGAGGUGGGUGGUAAAAAAGGAGCAAUGAAAAUUGUGGCUGAGCUGGAAUCUAGAGGGGUACAACUUUCUUUUGUGCUUGAUGAAGGAAGCUUUAUUUUUGAUGGAGUCAUCCCUAAAAUAGAGAAACCGGUAGCUGUAAUAGGUAUCACAGAAAAGGGUGCGCUUAAUGUAAAUCUCAGUGUAACAUCUCAAGUUGGCCAUUCUUCUGCCCCCCCUGAGAGGACCAGCAUUGGUAUUCUUUCUGAAGCCUUAUUCAAGUUGGAAACACAGCCUAUGCCCAAUUUGUUUGGUCAUGGACCUGAAAUCAUGAUGUUUGAACAACUGGUACCAGUGUUCAACUUCCCCCUCAAUAUCAUCAUGGCAAAUCUGUGGCUCUUUGGACCUCUUGUUGGCUGGUUUCUUGAGCGAACUCCUGGCACUAAUGCUUUAGUUCGGACCACCACUGCAAUCACCAUGUUUCAUGCAGGAAUAAAGUCAAAUGUUAUUCCACCAAAAGCUGAUGCCACAGUGAAUUUCCGCAUCCACUCGUCACAAACGGUUGAGGAGAUCCUGGAAAUAUUAGACAAAACAAUUAAUGAUAAGAGAGUGAAGAUAGAAGUGAUGGAUACCUUUGAUCCACCCCCCGUUAGCCCCUGGGACGAUCAGACCUUCGCUGUACGGGUUUUCCGCCAGACCAUCCUGGAUGUUUUCCCAGAUGUUGCCAGUGUAGUUCCAGGCAUUUGUAUCGGAAACACUGAUAGCAGGCACUACAGCAGUCUCACAAAGGCUAUUUAUCGAUUUAACUCAGUAACCUUUAAAGCUGAUGAUUUGCCAAGAUUCCAUGGGUUGAAUGAAAGGAUCUCUGUGGAAGAUUAUGCAAAGCAAGUGGAAUUUUUCUUUCAACUAAUUCAAAAUUGUGAUUUGAACCAACCCACAGAGCCACAUACAAACCUUCAUGAGCUAUAGAAACAAGAAAAUAUAAAGGCUUGUGGGAGUUGUUAGAAAUCUGAAUUAUUCAAAGCAGCAGUGUUCCAUUUUAUUCUCGUGCCCAAACUUCUUUACUGUGUUAGAAAUUUAAAGUAAUAACACAACCUAGUUGCACUACAAGUUGUUGUGAAACAAACUACCAUGUUUUCCUGAAAAUAAGACAGGUCUUAUUUUCUUUUGAACCCCAAAAUAAGGGCUUGGCCUUAUUAUCGGGGGUCUUAUUAUUUUGGGGGUGCUCAUGGUUGCUGCUGUAUUGCCGUUCGUCAGCUGUUCGCCUGAGGCUGUGCCCGCGUCCUCACGACCCUGUGCCCUGUUCUUCAGGAGUCGACUCACAAGAGAGCAGCCACCCAGCACCUCUUCCCACGUGGUGCCCACUUGGCGGCCUAAGCACUCGCAGCCAGGAGUCCGGCAGAGAGAGGCUCCCUCCACAUGCCACCAUCAAGCCCCUCCUCUCCUACAGGGGUGGUGGAACAGAGCGGCCCAAAGGUGCCAAGCUGCAUGAGCGCCUAUCUUCCCCUGCUCGCAUGCCUCCCAGCCUGACCAUGUAAAUGUGGGCGAAGCCAGUGAGCACCCAGCUGGAAGCGGAGAAGAGGCCGGUUGGGCCAGCUGCCUGCUGCUGAGUCUUCUGGGAGCCAGGGCAGCCGCAUGGAGCUGGAACCAUAGUGCG